CACCAAUGACUCCUGUCCAUCUUUUUGACCAUGUUUGUCGGGUUUUGAAUUGAACCAUCAGGCUCCUCUUCUACUCCUCCCAGUGUGGAUCCAAACAUAAAGACAAACCAUGCUGAUAAAGGAGUAUCGCAUCCCCAUGCCCAUGAGUGUGGAGGAGUACCGCAUCGCGCAGCUCUACAUGAUCCAGAAAAAGAGCAGAGAGGAGAGCUGCGGUGAAGGCAGUGGUGUGGAAAUCCUAGAGAACAAGCCUUAUGAGGAUGGGCCCGGAGGUUCGGGUCAGUACACACACAAGGUCUAUCACAUCGGCAAGCACAUCCCCUCCUGGUUCUGUGCCAUCUUGCCUCAGGCGGCCCUUCGAGUGGAGGAGGAGUCGUGGAACGCUUAUCCAUACACACGCACACGAUACACAUGUCCGUUUGUGGAGAAAUUUUCAAUAGACAUAGAAACAUAUUACAAACCUGACACAGGAAAUCAAGUGGACGUCUUCAAUCUGUCCUCUGCUGAGAAAAGAGUAAGGACAAUAGAUCCCAUAGACAUAGUGAAGGACUAUAUUGCCCCACAUGAGUACUUAGUGGAAGAGGACCCUAAACUCUAUCAGUCACUCAAGACCAAGCGGGGGCCACUAUCCGAGGACUGGAUUGAAGAAAUCAACCAAAAUCCAGGCCAGAACCCAGUCAUGUGUGCCUACAAGCUCUGCAAAGUGGAAUUCAGAUACUGGGGCAUGCAGUCCAAGAUUGAGCGCUUUAUACAUGAUGUUGGUCUGCGUAGAGUGAUGGUGCGGGCCCACAGACAGGCGUGGUGCUGGCAGGAUGAAUGGUAUGGACUGACCAUAGAGGACAUCAGGCUGUUAGAACUGGAGACCCAGCUGGCCUUAGCUAAAAAGAUGGGCCAAUAUAGCCUGAAUGAGGAGGGAGGAGGAGAGACAAAUGGCUCUUCUCUAACUCCAGACCAGGAGCAAGGAGCAGGGACAACGGGACCAUCCUCUGAAAAUGAGGGAGGUGCAACUAAAAUGGUGGAAUCACUGGAAACAAGAGGAGAACUCACUAAACAGUGGUCGACGUCUUCCAGGUCCUCCAACCGCUCGUCCAAGAGAGGAGGAAGUCCCUCACACCAAAGCAUAUCUGAAUGGAGGAUGCAAAGCAUUGCUCGUGACUCAGAGGACAGCACAGAUGACGAGUUUUUUGAUGCACAUGAAGACUUCUCUGACAAUGAAGAAAUAUUUCCCAAGGAGAUUACAAAGUGGAGCUCAAAUGACCUGAUGGAUAAAAUGGAAACAAUAGAGGUGGAUGAAGCACAAGAAACCUUGUAUCAGGAUUCACAAGGGGAGUAUUCUGUCCUAAGUAAUGAGGAGACACAUAUAGAUGACUGUUCAUCUCAACAGUGUCUUCAGGCAUCCAAGAUUCAUGUCCUCGUUUUGGUCCUUCAUGGGGGAAACAUUCUGGAUACUGGCUCUGGGGACCAGAACAGUAAACAAGGAGAUGUCAACACUUUGAGUGCAGCUUUUGACACUGUCAUGAGGGUUCAUUACCCCACAGCACUGGGCCGUAUUGCCAUUCGGGCAGUUCCAUGCCCUGCGAUUUGUGUGGAGGCAUUCUCUCUUGUCUCAAACCUUAGCCCCUACAGCUAUGAUGAAUCCUGUCUAUCCAGUAGUCAGGACCAUAUACCACUGGCUGCACUGCCCCUGCUGGCGACGUCGGCCCCCCAGUACCAGGACACUGUAGCUACAGUGAUCUUGCGAGCCAACCAGGUGUACAGUGACUUCAUCAAGUCUUUAGAAGGGGCUCCAUUUACUGGACAAGUUUGUGUUAUUGGGGAUUGUGUUGGCGGGAUCUUGGGCUUUGACGCUCUCUGCAGUAGCUCAAUAGUUGUCUCUGAAAGCCAGAACAGCAGCAGACGAGGCAGUACCAUCAGUGUGCAGGAUACAGACCUCUUGUCCCCAGGUAUUGUGAUAAACAGCAUCUCGCCAUCUUCACCAACACUGGAAGGAAGUCGACAUCUCAGCAGAAGCAAUAUUGACAUUCCUCGAAGCUCAGGGCAAGAUGAUCCCAAGAAACAGCUCCCUCGCAAACGCAGUGACUCCUCCACAUAUGAAAUUGACACCAUCAAGCACCACCAGGCUUUUCUUUCCAGCCUUCACUCCAGUGUUCUCCAUGGGGACACGGGAUCACGACGCUCCAGCAACAGCACUAUGCUGGAGGGAGGCUCUCUGGGGAAGUUUGACUUUGAGGUGACAGACUUCUUCCUGUUUGGAUCUCCUCUAGGACUGGUGCUUGCAUUGAGGAAGACUGUGGUGCCCUCAUUAGAUGUGUCAGCCCUGCGCCCUGCCUGUCAGCAGGUUUAUAACCUGUUUCAUCCUGCUGACCCCUCUGCAUCGCGGCUGGAGCCCCUCCUGGAUAAGCGCUUUUACCUGCUCCCACCCUUUAACAUCCCACGAUAUCAGCGUUUUCCACUGGGGGAUGGUCAUUCAGCACUGCUUGCUGAAACAGUGCAGAGUAAUCCACAGCUUCUGAUGGAUUCUGGGAGUGGAGUCGCCAACCGCCUCCAGGAUGGAGCCAUCACUGAGACCUCUAUUCCAGUGCCUGUGCUAAACUGGCAGGUCACACAGCCCCCAAUAGACUUGGAUUUGCUUCAUUCUCACUCAUACUCUGAUGGCCCGUGCCCAUCCCCUGGGGUGCCACACCUGCGUUGCACCCGUAGAGCCAGUGAGGCCAGCAUUGCUAGUCAGGUGUCAGGCUUAGCUGACUCAUAUACUGCAUCCAACAUUGCCACAACAAGCACACUUGAGGUAAGCCAGUCUAAAAGGUCCAGUCUGCUCACCCAUCUGGCCCUGCCCUACCAUAAAAUAAUGCGCACACCGUCACCUCGGUUACGCAAGAAAAUUGCUCAGGUGUUCCUCAAACACAACGGUGUGGAGUCACAGUCAGGCACGGCGCCUGCCUCGGACCUGACCUCUGACCCUGCUGAUGUCACCUGUGACCUGACAGAUAUCAGCUCCAACCCCCCAUCACCAGGUGUACUGAAGAACAUAGAGCAAGUUGCUUCGCGCUGGUGGGGCAGUAAGAGGAUGGACUACGCCCUGUACUGCCCUGAUGCACUGACGGCGUUUCCCACAGUGGCCCUGCCUCAUCUCUUCCAUGCCUCCUACUGGGAGUCAACUGAUGUAGUGUCUUUUCUCCUAAGACAGGUAAUGAGACAUGAAAACUCUAGCAUUCUGGAGCUUGAUGGAAAAGAGGUGUCUGAAUUUACUCCUUCAAAACCUCGGGAAAAGUGGCUUCGCAAAAGAACUCAUGUUAAGAUUCGGAAUGUAACAGCAAACCACAGAGUUAACGAUUCUGUAUACUCAGACGACGGGCCCCAGAUGGUAACAGGACGAUUUAUGUAUGGCCCUCUAGACAUGGUUACCCUUACAGGAGAGAAGAUUGACAUUCACAUCAUGACCCAGCCUCCAUCCGGAGAAUGGGUUUAUUUUGACACUGAGCUCACCAACAGCAGUGGACGUAUCUCUUAUGUAAUACCUGAGUCCAAGAGACUUGGCAUCGGUGUAUACCCUGUCAAAAUGGUGGUGAGGGGAGACCACACAUUUGCAGACAGCUAUCUCACCAUCAUCCCACGGGGAACAGAGUUUGUCGUAUUCAGUAUUGAUGGAUCAUUUGCUGCCAGUGUUUCUAUAAUGGGUAGUGACCCAAAGGUUCGGGCUGGGGCAGUGGAUGUGGUGAGGUACUGGCAGGAUUUGGGGUAUCUGAUAGUAUAUGUCACAGGACGUCCCGAUAUGCAGAAGCAGCGAGUUGUAGCUUGGCUUUCUCAGCAUAACUUUCCUCAUGGGAUUGUAUCUUUUUGUGAUGGACUGGUUCAUGACCCUCUUCGACACAAAGCCAACUUUCUCAAGUCCCUGAUCACAGAGGCCCACAUGAGGAUCUUUGCAGCAUAUGGUUCCACCAAGGACAUCUCUGUGUACUCUUCUCUUGGGGUCCCACCAUCCCACAUCUACAUAGUCGGCCGACCAACAAAGAAAAUGCAGCAUCAGUGUCAGUUUAUUUCUGAUGGGUACGCCUCUCACCUGUCCCAGCUGGAGUACAAUCAGAGGUCUCGACCUGCCAAGUCGGCUAGUACACGCAUGGUCCUCCGCAAAGGCAGCUUUGGCUUGAACGCAGCUGGUGGGGACUUUCUGCGCAAACGAAACCACAUAUUUCGCACCAUUUCUUCACAGCCUGGUGGAACAGGGCCAGGCUCGCCCAGCCAGCCAGGCCGUACCGAGAGGACUCAGAGCCAAUGUGAAGGGGAGCGAGACCGAGGGGUCAGCACGGCUACUCAAAGGAGCAUGAGCAUUGCAGCAGGCUGUUGGGGCCGCAGUGGCAGCACCAAGGAGGGCAGCGGGGGUCUAUUGGGUCCCAAGUAAGGAUUAAGCUCAGAUAGUGUUCCAUCAUGAUCCCUGAACAAGAAAGAAAGCCGAAUUGUGUUUUCAGAAGAUUAAAAGGAGGAUGAAUAAAUCAUCCAAAGGGAGUGGAUAUGUGAGAAAAAGAAAAGACAUUUCUGUAGCAUGACUCUUUUUAAGAACACAAGUAAAACAUUCAUUUCCCAUUUAUUGUAAGCCUUAAACCGAUAGAAUGGGAACUCCAGUUUCUGCACACAGAUGCUAUCAUGAACUCAGGACAUCAGCAGAGCCACUUUUAUGAACACUCAUAGUGUGUUUAGGGCCAAAUCCUUCAGAAGCCAAUGCUCACAUUUUCUGCAGAUAUGGUUACUUUUGAGAAACCCCUUCAAAAACCUUUAAAAAUAGAACAAACUCAAAAAUCUGAAAAUGAAUGCUUGUUUGAAUGAUGAGGCACUUUUCUACCAAAUUACAACAGAUUUAUAACAAAAUGAGUAUAUUGUUUGCAUUUAUGAAAAGUGAACUCUUUGAAUUUGGUCACAUGACUUCUUUUAUGGAAUCUGAGCUAAUAUACAAAGUAGAAAUAGUGAUGCAAAACACAUGUUUACAAGUUGUAGGUUGUUUCCUUGACAUGGUCUAUUUUAUCUCUUAAAUGGGCAAACAAUAGAUAUUCCUAUAGCAAGAAAUAUAAUUACACUUUAAUCAAUUCAUUACUCACCAUGCACCCCAUCUCCAAAGAUUGCCUAUAUACUGUAUAUUUAAAUCAGUUCAAAUGUCUGUGCUUGAGUCAUGAUACAGGUGCUUGUGCCUGUUUCACUGAACACUGAGAGACCAACAUGAUGUUUGACUCGAGGUCCUGAUGGCCCUUAUAUUCAGAUGGACAGGAAACAACUCAGACUCUGUACAGUCCACUGCAGUGAUCCCUUUACAUUCUUGCUUGCAAUACCUCUGAUCCGUCCAGUGGUGGGUUUUUGUUUGCCGGGUGCUGCUGCUGGGAGACAUCCCCUGACUUUUUGCUCUUGAGACAAAAAGGACACAGAUAUAUUCUGAAAGCCAACAGAUUUAUUUGGAAAUGAUGGCAGUGGGGCCUUUGCAUAGACUUCCUUUACAGAUACAGAAGCUCUUUUCAUUUUUGACCAAAUGAUUGACAGGCCAGUUGCUAAAGUGCUGACUUUCAAAGUAUAAUUGGGUGGGUACUUUUCAGAAGAGGUAGGUAGUAUGUGAUGUCAGUUUGUCUUUUCUGUAUUUCCAGAUGAAGAGGCCAUCUCACAUCUCCAACCUCAAGUCUGUAUACAAAGUAUAACGACCAUGUGUUAAGGGUUUGUGGAGCUUUUGUUUACAAUAAUUUCACAAGAUAUAAGAUGGAAAUCAGUUUCCACCCUUAAUGAGCAACCCAAAAACCAAAUGCAUAUUUUAUUACUGUAGGCUCAACUUUGUAACCUCAUUGAUAUUUUUUGCACUAGUUUACAGUAAAGUGAUACUGUAGUUAUUACCAUUUCAUGUUGCUACACUUAACAUAUUUGUAGUGCAUGGCAAUUAUUAUAUUUCAGGGUUUUGUUUUUUGGAGAAAUUCAGAAAUGUACAUUAUGUGCGGGCUUGAAAAGGAGGUAAAUGUGCCAAAAAAAAGUAUACUUUUAGAAGUGAAAAUAUGUUUAACCUUGUAAGAGGGGCUCAAAAAUAAGAAUAUUUUAAUUAAUACAUUUCUAAUUCAUGUAAUCUUAAAGAAAAAACGGUAAAGUCAAGCCAAGAUUGAGCAUGUUGCUGCAGUCGUGUCCAAAAUACUUGAAUGAGCAUAUGUCAGUAUACUUUUGUAUUUUGUUUUCAUUGUGCUCUUAAAGGAAAGGUCUGAAUGCAAAGUUAUUGAGCCCCUCUGAUUAAGAUGAAUGUUUGUCCAUUUGAUGCUGUUCACAAGAAGUGGGCUUUUGUUGUACAUAAUGUAAAAAUGUACAUUUUAUUGUAUGUACGUAUGACUAACAUGGCUAUUUAUUUAUCUAAGCCCAUGAUGAUACUAUGACAAUAUCAGGUAAAUUAUAUUUGAAUUAUGUAGCAUUUUAUUCAUCACUGGCAGUAAUUAAAUCUAUGG